GGCGCGGUCGCGCUUUCCCGAGGAAAAGUUGACGUAUCCGUAACGUUUCGUGUUUUCCUAGUCGGACGAAGUUUUCAGUAAAGUGGUUAGUAUUAGUAGUUGUAGUGCGGUUUUCGAAAGUAAAAGUAGUUUAGGUUCAGUUUUAUCCAAAGUUAGUUGUGUUUGGAGAUAUCUCAUAUGUGGUACAGCUUUUAAAGGAAUAAAUUAGCGAUCUGCCCAAAAAAUUAGUGAACACGUAAUUCCAAUAGAUUUCACUUUGCAAGUAGCUUAAAAGUAAGUAACGCAGAAGACUUAAAAAUGUGUGAAAGGUGAUAAAAAAACAAGUGAAUAUGAGCGUCAAUAGUGGAAAUAUAGAAGUGUACGAAUAAAAGUGAACAUUGGAAAAAUUCAAAAUGGCGGUGCGUAGUUUGAACUUGUCGCUGCUGGGGCUGGAGGCGACGAACUCGGGCGAGGCGUGGGCGCCGCCGACGGGCCUGGACGUGUUCUACCGGCCCGACGUGGUGAUCAUCGCGCUGUACGUGGCCGUGCUCGCGGCCUCGCUGGCCGCCAACACGCUGCUCAUCUUCAUCGUCAUCAAGUUCCAGUAUAUGAGGAGUGUAACCAACAUCUUCCUAGUGAACCUGUCUGUGGCAGACCUGCUAGUGACACUGUUCUGCAUGCCGGUACAGAUCGCCAAGUCAGUCACGCUGCUCUGGUACUUUGGAGAGGUCAUGUGCAAAACUGUCAACUUCUUACAAGGGGUAGCAGUAGCAUCAUCAGUGUUCACAAUCACAGCCAUGUCGGUAGACCGGUACCUAGCCAUCACACAGUCGCUUCGACAACCCUGGAUGCCAUCAAGACGGGGGGCGUGCAGUCUCCUUGCUUGUCUAUGGCUGAUUUCUUUGGCCAUAUUCGCCCCGUUGCUGGCUGUAGCUGCGGUGGAGAGAGAAAUGGUACCCAUGCUUGCUAAGACGAAGAAUGGAUCGGUCCUAAUUGAGCGGAGCAUCGAGUUCUGCACGGAGAAAUGGCCCGACUCCAUUCGGAAGGAGCUUUAUGGCGCCUUCAGCUUUGUACUGGUGUACGCCAUUCCAGGGUGUAUCGUGGUGGUAUCAUACGCGCUUAUGGGCCGCCGCCUCUGCUCUGUCAUGCCGCCCUUUGAUCAGACAGAGGGCAGUGCGAACAGUCAACAGCGACUCCGGUUAGUCCGCGAGCGGAAGCGCGUCGCCUGGAUUCUGUUGCUGCUUGCCAUCCUCUUCGCACUCUGCUGGCUGCCCUACAACAUUCUGCAACUUCUGAUCGACGUGAAUGCUGUUCAGGUGGACUCAGGGGCUCUACUCAUGCCGUAUACUUUGCUACUAGGGCACGCGAACUCCGCAAUCAACCCGAUAGUGUACUGCCUGAUGACGCGCAACUUUCGGCGGUCGCUCCGCAAGCUGCUGUGCCACGACCCCGGUAACAUACACUCUAGUACUCAUUUCCAUAUGCAGGGUUUAAGGCAAAAAUCCAACACGUCUAGCGUUCGCACUCGCACUACUGUCACGUUCCGCAGCAGCAACAACGCGAAGCCGUGUGCGCCGAGCAUCCAAUACGGGAAAGUUGCUCGACCAACCUCGCUCAAGGACGGCGGCUGGCGAGGCGAGAAGACUCCACAGUUCCUGUAAAACGACGCAGGACGUACGUCACGUUUGACGUUGACAAUUAGACGUUUAUGGUGCAAGUUUUUGCUGCGAAAUACAUGGCUGUUUUUGGAACAUAGGGUUGAAAUCUUGUCAUACAUGAGGACGCGAGCGUUGAUUCGUGUCCGAGAAUACAGUACAGGAAAGAUGCUCGACCAACCUCGCUCAAGGACGGCGGUUGGCGAGGCGAGAAGACUCCACAGUUCCUGUAAAUAGACACAGGACGGACGUCAUGCUUGACGUUGACAUUUAGACGUUUAUGGUGCAAGUGCUUGCUGCGAAAUACAUGGCUGUUUUUGGAACAUAGGGUUGAAAUCUUGUCAUACAUUAGGACUUGAGCGUUGAUUCGUGUCUGAGCAUCCAGUAUGGGAAAGUUGCUCGAUCAACCUCGGUCAAGGAUAGCGGCUGGUGAGGCGAGAAGACUCCUCAGUUCCUACGCAGGAUGUACGUCACAUUUGACGUUGACAUUUAGACGUUUUUGGUGCAAGUCCUAGCUGCAAAAUAAAUGGCUGUUUUGGAACAUAGGAUUGAAAUCUUGUCAUUCACGAGGACGCGAGCGUUGAUUCGUGUUUACUAAAGGUUAAAGUAAAUUUGAGCAUCAUCGUGAAUGACACGGUCUAUGAUUCGUAGGUGCCAUUUGUAAUUGUAAUUUUCGACCAACCAGUUAAAUGACUUAUCGCAAGGUUACAAUGUUUUGCUGACAGCACGUAUGUCCUUGGAAAUAACAAAUAAGGUGGAAUCUCAUUUGGUGUAAUGUGACUGGGUAGCGAACUUGUGUGACUUAGAAUAAGGAUAACAAGACAAAAAGUUGUAAGCGUGUAGAAAUAUAGUUAUUAGUGUUAAAUGUCAAAUAUAACCUAGAAAGUACUUAUGGUUCUAGAACCCAUGGAGAGAAGUUACUAUGUAAUUAGUUAAUGCCUUGGAGUCUGAGGCGAGACUCCAAUAAAGACAUAAUCAAUCAAAAAUGUUCUCAAAUUGACAACUUUUAUGUUCGGGUUUGUCCUUCUGAUUUGUAACCAGUCUAUUUUAAGUAAGUAGAAAAUAAAUCAUCUGAUUUACUGACUGCCCAAGAUAAUGUACAUAAAUCUAGAAACAUGUACCUAUUGUGUAUACUUAUAGUAUGUAUUUUAACUACCUUAAUUAGAGUACUAAUAAGAAUUGGUCAAAAUUUUGAAAUAAUGAUUAAGUGAUCGCCUAAAAAGUUAAUUGAGCACAAAUUAAUGAUUGAUCAAUCAUACGUCAACAUAUUCUAGUCAUAUUAAUGAAGAAAUUUUGUAAAAAAUAGAUCAUCGGGAAAGUACAACUUAUUUAAGCUUUCACGUGCGUAGACUAGCUAGGUAUCUACACAUAAUAUAUAUUACUUUAUAACAAAAUAAGGCAAUAUAAUCGGCUAAGAAGGAUCGUAUGAUUGUGCCAAAAAAAAGCAUUUAAUAUAAUUAUGGUAAUACAUACUUUCAAAUACUUAUACGUAAUUUUCAUUAUUCGCCAUGUUUGUUACCUCCAGAUACAUGACGAAAGAAGCUUAACAAAUCCCAUCAUUUUAAACUUCAUUAAAAGACGCGUAAACGGGAAAAGUGCUAACAAAAGAAAAGGCCAUAUUAAGUUCAACCAGAUACUGCCAUCAUCAUUGCAAGUUUAGUUAUACCAAGGUUCUACAAGCCAACAUAAGGAAACAAAUCGAAACUUGACAUUUCACUACCUUCCCAUACGUGUGAGUAAAACUUGACUUUCUCAGCAAAUAAUCGAUGGAAUCAGAUUGUGUGACAGAGUUACUUUGCGGAAAUCCAUGUCAUUCAGUCAGUUGCCGGAUUUCACACCGGGAGCAUAUCCAGAUGCCUCGUAGAGGCAAACACGUGUUGAGUUUUAUAUUUUUAGUGAUGGGUUGUUAUAUUUAUUUUUAUUUUUACGGCGGGAGGGUGGUAAAAUUAAUUGUAUUUUUAACCUAAAACCUAACGUAUUAUUUUAUUCCUUCUAUCGUUUGCGAUCAACGAACCUUAAAAAAGAUGUUUUAUUAUGAAACUUAGCUCAUAUUUAUUUAGGACUGGACAUUACGGCCUGUAUAUACCCACUUUACAAGGCGUGACCUCUGACCCUUUUUGAUAGGCACACAACAUACUAUGAUUUACAAUUUUAUCCGAAUAUUGCCUAAAAUUUGCAUAAUAUGUAAUUGUGUACGCUAGAAUGUUAUCUGAUAGUCUAAAAUAAAUAUAGGGCAUUCCAUGAGAAAAAGGUCAUCAUUAUUAUUGUAAGUUUAAGUGUUACAGCGGAAUCCAAAAGCUUUCUAAAUAUUAUGUCCAUCUAGCGAGCUUUCGAACGUUUUCACAAUAAUCAAUCCGAUAUCGGAUGUACCUAGGAAGGAUGUUAACGGACUCAAAGGCAAAUGUCAAAGAUGGCGCCUUCAAUGUUUACCGGCCCUACAUUCGAUAUCGGAUCGAAUAAUGUGAAAACACACUUAUGUUGAUCUUUUGUACAUAAUGUUUUCCCUACCCUAAUAGAGCAGAAAUGUUAUUUAGUUUGUUCGAGAACGAUUCCGCCAACUCGCAGCUACUCAUAUCCCCUCUCACUGCGCUCCCAUUGGCUGAUACAAGGUCAAGUAAUAGGUGCUAGGGAUGAGGUAUUGCGUAAGUAAGGUUUAUCGAUAACGAUAUUUUAACCCCUUACGCGCUUUAUGCACCACCGUGUGUGCAAGCUCCAAGUCCGUAACAUCGCAUGCACACACGGUGGAGCAAAAAUCUGUUACAUGCUACUAUAUAUUAUUAUUAGUAUAAAACACGGUAUA